AGGGUUUUGAUUGGAUCGCCCUCGGAAUCGACCCCUAUACUUAACUACAGAGGGAAAACGAUUCAGUGUAACUGUUGAUGAGCGAGUCAGUGUUUCCCCAAUUGGGUUUCUUCACAUUCAAUCUGAGCGAGAGACCACUGCCACGGAGUUUGAUAUUUGGAUUGAUUAAGCUGAUAAGGCUAUAUAAAUUUUGAAAGAUUAUUCUUGGGAGUACUGCUCUUAUGCAACCCAAGUUGACCCGUAUCGGGGAUAAUUUGCUAAGUUAUAAGGAAUUUAUAAUUUAUGGACUUUGAAUUGAUUUCUUGGAGUUGAUUACUGCGGGAGACAGAAAGUACGAUUUCGAGCUGGAAUGGUGUACUCUGAUCUGCUCAAUUUCUGGAAUAAAGGAGCGAAAAAGGUUUGGAGCGUGGUGAAAGUAUACCACUUUACAGUUUCCACGGACAAGUGCCAUGUCUCGCUGCUUCCCAUUUCCUCCACCAGGAUAUGAGAAGAAGAUUAGAACUGACGAAGCAGACCCUCUUUUAAAGGAGAAGUACAAGGAAAAGAAACACAAGAAGGAUAAGGACAAAGAAAAGAAAGAGGGUAAAGAGAAGAAGAGUAAAGAUAGAAGCAAAGACAGACAGAAGGAAAAAAAGGAGAAAAAAGAGAAACAUAAAGCUCCAAAAGACAAGGAAAAGGAUAAAGAAAAAAGCAAACCUUUGGAGGAGAAGAAAGCCGAAGUGCUGACAGAAACGGUGCACAGAGAGAAACUUGUAACAAAUACAUCGCAGGAUAAUAGUAAUGGAGAGUCAAAGUAUGUACAGGACUUGGCAAGAAGGAUCAGAUAUGAAGAAGAAGCAACAGGAAGUCAGAGUAUAAAUAACCAAAAAGGAAUAACAGGAAAAGCUUAUGAGAACAGCAGUUUCUGCCCAAUUCAAGAAACAAACCACAGGGAUAAUGACGAUAACAGAAUCAGCACCCAGAAGAACUUUGCAGUGGCAAAAACUUCUGAAAAUGCAGUUGAUCGAGUAUCAUUUGGUGCAGACCGGAAAAGAGCUGAGGCUAUGUGUAAACCAAUGGAGAAUAGAGACCAGGCGAGGCAAAUGGAAUCACCUGAGAAGAGUCACUGCAAGGAAAAAGCGACCAAGAGUGAUAAUAAACCAAGGGAUAAAGAAGGGGUAAAUAAAAAUGAAGCAAAGGAUAAAGACAGAAGUAAAGAGAAGGAAAGAAGGGAGUCAAUAAGUAAAACGCAUCAGGAGAAACCAAAAUUGAUAGGAGGGACGAAAUUAGAGGAGACGGGAAAGGACGCUGUGGAUAGAAGCCAUUGCAAGCCGCCUGACCUUUCACGGGCGAGCGUGAAGAACCUUACUGCUGAGGGAAAUCUUGGCAAACGAAAGGAUCUUGAGACAAAUGGGUUCUUGUAUGGUGAGUUAUUCCCUGAUCCAAUUCCCUGUCUGGUGAAUGAGGAGGGAUAUAGUUUGGUUGUCAUUUGGACCAAGGAUGCACGAUCCCUUCAGUUUUUUCAGAAUGGAGCCACACAAAACAAGUUACAGAGGCACUCAACAUCUGUGGAAAAUGGAAGAACGUUAGGUGCACACCGAAGUCCUCCAAUACCUGCUUCUGAGGUGCAAGGAACGAGUUGCAAGCCAGAAGUCAAGGAAGUUAGAACUAACGGUGUUGUGGUCUGUCCGCCGAACCCUAUGGCUGCAACAAUGAAAGUGAAAGCCAAAGAAAAUGGUGAAGCAUCUGCAAAGCCGCCUCAUCCGGACCUGAAGUAUCUUGAUCAGAUACUCAAUGUACCGAAAAGGGAGCUGAUUCUGGAGGUUGACGAUGACCAAGAAUGGCUGUAUGGUCCGUUGGGUGUCAAGUUAAAAAAGGCAAGAACAGAAUCUCCUGUUUCUGGUGAAUCCUUGCAGGUCUGGAACCAAGCUUUCAGAAUAGAAUCUGCCGAUAUUACAGCUCUUCCAUAUGUUGUUCCAUUUUAGCUGUGACUAUGUUUUGCUGACAGUGGCGGAGGCAGUGUACAAGGAGGGGGGUCCACUGACCCCAUACAAUUUUAGAGUUUAGUUUAUUUUUGAUUAAAUAUUUUAAAUUGGCUCCAACCCACAAAAUAUAUUGACUGAGUCCAAUAAAUAUGUUUAAUACUAAAAGUUAUGAGUAUAAAAUAAAUUAAUCUCAUUAAAGUUGAUCAGAACAAAGCAAAUAUACUUGAAAGCCAAUACAAAAAAUGCUCGGCAUGAGAAAUCAGAAGAACACAAAACAAUGGUAGAAAAAAAGGAACAAAAUUAGCCAGAACCAUAAAAAUGACAACAAACAUGGGACACUGACUUGUCUUAAUCCCCAAUUCUGAAGACUAAUCAUAUGAGAGACAAUAUGGCCUCUCUGCUACUCUGUUUUUCGAAUGCUCUCAAGGAACUUACUUCUUGCAGAAAGGUCACUCGAAAACCGACCUAAAACCGCAAUUGUAGCUGUGCUGCUUCCAAACUUCUCAAUUCCCCUAGAGAUCAUACAAGUAUGCUCUGCUUCUGCCACCACUAUAAUAUCGCCUCCAACUUGUGGUGACAGUGUCUCUGCGAUUUGCCGAGUCAUCCUUUCUUGCACCUGAAGCUUAAACCCGUAAAAGAGUACAAUCGACUCUACUAGUGACCUUUCAAUUAGUUUGAUUCCAUCAGCACACAAGUAGCCAAUAUGCACAACUCCAUAGAAAGGAAGCAAGUGAUGCUCACACAUUGACAAAAACCGGAUAUUCUUCUCACAGCUCAGCCUUCCUCUCUCCUUGGCAUUGCACUCAAAUCUGUUGAGUUUCAUCUCCAAGUCACCGCUCUGGAAGUUCAUCAUCCAUUUCAGGAAUCGGGUGGGAGUGGAAAUUAGUUCUUUCCUUGAAGGAUCUUCUCCUAAAGAUUUCAGAAUGGAGAAUACAGCAGCAACCAUCUCCGAGCCUGCAGGUGGAACUUUGGAUGAGUUUUCAAUAACGUUCGGGCACCAGUCUUUCACGGAGCCGUUUCUAUGCAGCUUCACGCCUUUGAACUUCAAAAGACUCAGAAACUCACACCAAAGAUCCGAACUUUCAUCCUCGAAAUCCCCUGAACCCGAGGUAACCGUUAACUCCUCCACAAAGCCAUGGUGGCUAGAGCUGGGGAAGUGGAUGUGCGAGCAUUGGAGAACAACAGCGACUCCAGAAGGUUUGACCCAAUGUUGGAGAGCUGAGCAUAUAUCAUCAGCUAAACGCUGAGGCUCUUGGAGACGCUUUGCGAAAACAUCGGCGACUCUAGAGAACUUGCUUAGUCCAAGAACUCUUUGGCCCGAAGGGACAUAACCUAUAUGACACUUCACUUGAAAAGGAAGCAAGCAAGACUCACAGUAAGAGUAGUGAUCGAGAUCUCGGACAACAACAAGACCUCCCACUCCUCCUGCUCGCCCAUCAUCCAAUCCUGUCUCUGGAAACAGAGCACUCUGCACAAAGUCCUUCACCUUUUGUUUAUAACCUCUGGUUCCUUCUUGAAGAGCCUUGGCAACACGGAAAGGGGUCUUUUUAAUGCCUUCACGAGUGACAUCUUCACCAAGACCUUGUAAUAGAACUUUCACAGCAUCCUGGAUCGCUAUGGUCUCUGGUUGCUGCUCGAAAGCAAGCGCAAUGCAACCAUUUUUCAUCCCAUUCUCCACCUCCACAUUGAAAUGCCCUUCAUCUAAUGUGCUCAUUGACAACUAAUUACCACAACAAACCCAGAUCUCUGAUCAGAACACCACUUAAAAACCCGAUCGAAGCUCUUCGGAGUCAAUUCAGAAAAAAAAAAGUAAGCCCAGAUUUGGAAUAAACACCAAAAGUGAUGGAAUCGUGUGAUUUGAAUGAAGGGAGCAAAAACCCACUAAAACUCUAGUUUUUCGGUCUCCCCAGGAAAGGAUUUUGUGUCCUUUGAUAAUCAGAAACGGGAUAAUAGUAAUACGCGGAAGGUGUGUGAUAGAAUAAUAGAUAGCGAGUGAGGUUGACGUUGAUCCAUUCACGAAUGUGUGGUUCGUUCAAAGAUGGGAAUCUUUUUAUAAAAUUUUCACGGGUCUGAUGGGUUAUUAGCCCAUCACUGUCAGCAAAAAGAAAGUGUCCCUUUUUGAAAGUAAAGGCGGCGAAGACCUUUCUUUGUCCCUCUCCAUGCCUUUUUCCUUAUUACCCAACCCUACUUCUCUCUC